UCGUCACACGUCCCCCUUUAUUCUCGCUGCGCCGUCCCGUCCCGGCCGGUCUGGGGCACUCCGCCCCCGGGACCUCGGGGAGAACGGCUCGCAAACAGACGGGACCCCUGGAGACGUACCUGCCCCUCUCUGUAUUUCAGAUCACCGUGUGGAAGAGAUACAGCGACUUCCGGAAGCUUCACCGGGACCUCUGGCAGAUUCACUGCAGUCUCUGUCAGCAGUUGGAGCUCUUCCCCCCCUUCGCCAAGGCCAAGGGCGCUUUGACGAAUCUGUGAUCGAGGAGAGGCGCCAGUGCUCCGAGGACCUGCUGCAGUUCUCUGCCAACAUUCCAGUCCUCUACAGCAGCCAGUACAUUGAAGACUUCUUCAAGGGAGGCGAGGUCCACGACGGCUCGGAACUCAUUGGGCCGCCAGAACCCUUAUCAGACUUCCUCGCUGACAGCUUGUCAGACUGCAGCUCUGAAGUUCAGAAAGACGUCGGAGGGGUGGACGAUUCGACAGCUGCCAGUCAUUCUGAAUAUGGAGGUAUCUCCAGCGACAGCGAUCUGAUUUCCCUGCUGGUGGACACGGACUCCCUGGCCGACGUGGACGAUGGAAUGGCCUCGGACGGGGACUCGCCGAACAAGCCACCCCGCGGCUCUAGCCCCUCGCCGCUUCCCCAGCUGCCGGACGACUCCCAGGAUGUGGAAUCCAGCCGGGCCAGCAGGGCGGCGGUCUUCCCCAGUGCCCUGAGGCCGCGUGCGGGAAAGAAGGACUAUCUGGAGAGGGCCAGUGAGCAGAUCAGGCUGGCAGUGCAGAGGGAGGGGGAGCAGGACUAUCAGGCUGCCUUCUCCUUCUACCGCAGUGGCGUGGACCUGCUGCUCCAGGGUGUGCAAGGUGACCCCAGCCCCACGCGGAGGGAGGCGGUGAAGAAGAAGACAGCAGAGUACCUGAUGCGGGCCGAGCACAUCUCCUCUCGGUACCUCCGAGACGGAUCCGAGGCCCCGGGGGCGCUGGGUUCAAGGCCCACCUGGAAGCAGAGGAACCCCGCAGAGGAGCUGAAGAUCUUUGGGGUCCUCGGGGUGAUCGACAAGGUUUUGCUGGUCAUGGACAAAAGGACACAGGAGACCUUCAUUCUCAAGGGCCUGAGGAAAAGCAGCGAGUGCGGCCGGAACAAAAAGACCAUCAUCCCCCGCUGUGUGCCCAACAUGGUGCGCCUGCACAAGUUCAUCGUCUCAGAGGACGCCGUCUUCCUGGUGCUGCAGCAUGCUGAGGGUGGGAAGCUGUGGUCCCAUAUCGGAAAGUUCCUGAACAAGAGCCCAGAAGACAGCUUGGACAUUCCGUUCAUCCAGAAGUCCCACACAGCGGCAGUUCACACCAAUGAGGAGCUGAGCUCCAGCAGCCUGGAUUCUGGCCCCUACAGGGAGGGCGUCACGCUAGGGGUACUCCCUCUGAAGAGCAGCCUCACCCCAAGUUCCCAGGAUGACAGCAGUACUCAGGACGAGGAGGCUGCCGAUGGCUCCCAGCGGCUCCUGCUGGACUCUGGGGCAACCUCUGAAGAGGAGUGCACAAACAGUUACUUGGCCCUCUGCAAUGAGUACGAGCAGGAGAAAAUUGAAUCAGACUCCCUGGAGGAGCAUCCGACCCCAGUUGCCGAGGAGCCCUCGCCCCGGGCACACCCCCUGCUGAGUAGCGACAGCCUCUCCUCCCCUGUGAUGGCUCAGGAAUUCCGGUUUUUCGCUGAGGAUGAUCAUGGCGAGGUCUUCAGCUCUGCCUGCCUCCCCGCUGACUCACUGGACCAGUCCAAGAACACGCCGAUGGAGUUCUUCAGGAUCGACAGCAAGGACAGUACCAGUGAUCUCCUGGGUGUGGAGUCAGGAGACCGGCUGAAGUUCGAGCCCUCCAAGCCAUUCCUCCCCUCCGGUGACCUGGAGGAGGUGACAGAGGUCGUCGGGAAUGUCAAGCUGCCUCAGAUGGACCUUUGGGGGGUUGAUAGCGAUAGGGGCUCCAAUGAAUCCGUCCCUGUCAUUUCCUUUAAGGAAGCGGUGGUGGAAGACACGGGGAGCUGUGAUGAAGGCCGACCACCAGACCUCCUGGUGAACCUCCCUGGUGUGGCAGAUGUGGCAGGAGAGGAGCUGCCUAUGGCCGGCCCGUCCUCGACAGAUGACGCCAGAGUGUCCCCGAGGUUUGGGAAGCCGGAUGUCCUGCAGCUUCACUAUGACCUAGGGGAUGAUGUAGUCCUUGGCCUGUCUGAGGAUGAAGGGGGCCCAUCCUUGGUUUGUGCCCCCCCUGCCUCUGCAGCCUGCAGCAGCUCAUUAGCUGAGCGUGGCGGUCUGCCUUCAGGCCUAGAGGCCUGCCGGACUCAGGCGACCGUCUCGCACGAAUUGCGAGCCGUCCACGUUGGUUUACAUGCUGCUCCAGAGAAUGCGGACUCAGCCCGGCUCUCCCUGAAGUGCAAGCUGCAUUCGCACCAGGACACUCAUGACCAGAUAGCGUCUGAAGCCUUUGGAGAAAGCGCUUCUGCGGAGAUGGAGCCGGGCAAGGCGAGCGAUGACGUCUCUCAGCUCUUUAAGGAUCUGGAUGAGCUCCUGCUUAUAGCGGCAAACACUCACCUACCCGAGGAGUAUGUUCAGCGUUGGGCGAUGGAGAUUGUCAUUGCCCUCGAUGCUCUCCACCAGGAAGGAAUCGUCUGCCGGGACCUGAACCCAAACAACAUCUUACUCGACGACAGAGGACACAUCCAGCUGACUUACUUUUGUAGCUGGAGCGAUGUGGAGGAUUCGUACGACCAGGAAGCCAUCAGCGCCAUGUAUUGUGCUCCAGAAGUCGGAAGCAUUUGUGAAGAGACAGCAGCCUGCGAUUGGUGGAGUCUGGGAGCCAUAUUGUUUGAGCUGCUGACAGGGAAGUCUCUCCGACAGUGCCACCCUGCCGGGAUCAGCCGACACACGAUGCUCAACGUGCCGGACUUUCUAUCCAAAGAGGCUGGAUCCCUCCUGCAGCAGCUCCUUCAGUUCAACCCCAUGGAGAGGCUUGGCGCAGGCGUGGCGGGAGCUGAAGACGUAAAGUCCCACCCCUUCUUCGCCAUGGCGACCUGGCCCAAGUAGCGUCCGUCGAGGAUCACAGACUUGGCGGUGGGGGCUGGCGGGUCUGCCCCGGCACAUCCUCUUCAGAACCGGCAGCUGCAGCACCGAGCUGAGCCUGGUCUCCAAGCGAACAAACAUACUCCUACGAAUGGGAACGGUGGACUGUCUAGUUCACCAAUCACCCACCGUUUACAUCCUGUCAUAUUUCAUAUACUUUACUUACAAGCUUAUUUAAUAUUUUGUCUGCCAAUGGAUAAGUCCAAUGUCUUCAGAUGGCACUAAUAUUGUUCUCCUUUUUUAAGAACUUUUUUUUAUAAUUUGCAGUGUUUUUGUUCAGUGCAUUUGCAUUAGGUGUUUGGCAUUGCAGCAAAUGUUUACUUAGGUUUCUGGGUAUCUUUAGCCAUUUAGAUGGAAAAAAAUACACUUAUAUAAUGUCGUGAAAACAGAGGAGGAAGAUGUAUCGCUGUGCAACAGGUGCCAAAGCACUGAACAAAGCAUGCAAGACGGUGGAGAACAUCCUGGCUCUGUGCCCCAACAGUGUGACCUUGACCUCUGACCUCUGACCUUUGGCCAUAUGUUGUUAACGUCAGUGUCUUCCUGGCUAGAUGGAUGUGCGUGCCAACAUCUCGAGAAAGCCACUUGAAUUCACUGUGUAUCACGUGUCGCAUUGACUCCUCAACCUCUGAUCAGUACCUGCAUUUCUCAUACUAAGAUGUACCAUGUUUAUACAUUUAUACACAGUUCAUCAUGUAGAACAGACAGUUGCCUCAUGGUCUCGAUUUGAUUACAGCCCUUCAUUUUGCCAAGAUCACGAAAGGUUACGCUCUGAACAGAGACCCCCAGUAGUGUGUAACGCCUCAUUAAAUAAAUGACAAGUCAGUGUUUCAGCCACUCAAUUGGGAUUCACUUAUGUAAGCAGUUGUAUGUCUGCAUGCAAACCCUGAGUGAAACAAAAAUCUCAAAAUAUUGUUACACUCUAAUAUAUUAUUUAUUAGUGUAUGGACCAUCUUCAAGUUCUGUUGUUAUGGUGUAGCCAUGUGCAAUUUUUUAUUUUUUUUUUACUUUUUUGUUUAAUUUAUUUGUGAACUGUAGUAUCUCUGUCCUCCGAAAGACACUGAUGUCAUGAGAGUGCUGAGCGGUUAAUGAUCUGAUAUUUCUAAAUGGUUUAAUAUACAACACAUCAAUGAUGGCAAGAUGUUUGGAUAUCAUGGAAAUAUCCAGCCUUGCCAAAAGAAAGCAUGUGAAACUGGAGUGUGACAAGGCUGAUGACCUCAUUCUGUGGGCUGUAAACAGGAGAGGAUUAUGGGUAGGGGCUGAGCUUUGGAUAAGCAUAUGUCAGUUUGAUCAUCAGAUAUCUGUAUGUUCUGAAGUCAUAGGAAACCCAGAAGUUUCUGUUUUGUCUUUUGGCGGUUGAGUGAAAAUAUGGAGUUUCUUAAUUUGCAGCAGGUUUAGUUUAUACCUUGUAGGAUGUGCAAAACGCAGAUACAUGAAACAUUGUAGUCACUUCCUGUUAUCUCAAAUUCAGGAAAUGAGAAAUCUGACUAUAGCGUAAUGUAUGUGAUUUAUCAUUUUCAGACCUGUAUAAGCACAUGUUGUGCAGGUCAGUAGCCCGCAAUUGGAUCUUGCUUAUUCCACAGUCACCCAAAAACACUAAGGAGCAUCACCUAAGUCCUCAGAUCCAAAGCAUAUCUACAGAGUUUAACAUUUCAUAUUUUAGUGCAAUAACUUUUGUUCUUCCCUCUUUUAUUUGUUUCAGAGACACUUGUGUAUGUGGGUUUUGCUGUUUUGGUGCUGAAUUGGAUGUGAUGACUUUAGACUGGGGGUGGUAUUGAUGGCACCAAGGCCAGUCUUUGACUUUCUUGUGAAGCUUCCAGUCCUGUCUUGCACCUUCUGUGAUCUCUCCGGAAAGUUCUCACGUGUCAUCGAGCUGUUCCCUUCACCCCUUCUGCUGGCCCCUGCAUUGCAAGGACACACAUUUUGGAGGCUCGGUAAGAGCCAAGGGGGGCUUGGGGGUCUUCCAGCGCCAUGGCAUCGCCACGGUAACGUGGGCAUCAAGGGCAAAAUGGCCAUUUAAGAAUUUUUCUGUGAUAUCAUUGGACAUGUUUGAACCUGUAGUAACACUGUGGUGCAUCACUGCCUUGCAAGCUGACACCUUGUAUUAAAAUUGGCAAAUGCACUUUGGGAGCUGAUCCCAUUGGUAACAAUAUAUAGUACAUCUCACAUUCUUUUUGGGUCUCUGCUACUUACACUUAACGGAAGAAGUUUGUAUACCCCGGUCCAAGUGCAGAUCAUUUUAUCUAUAUAGCGGCAAGCGCGGAUUCGGAUCCAAGCAUCCCACGUCCACGUAAAGGACCCGUCGUUUUUGUCCUCGUUCACCAUUCAUAACAAAACCGUGGUGUUCAACGUGAGCGUGGGCCCAGCGCAUAGUGCACGAAGGACAACAAAAAUUACGUUUUGUACGUGCGGCUGUACUAACCGUGUUGCACGGAGACUGUGUCAAUAAAGUUUAUGGAUGAAGAAA